GUCCAGCGGAUUUCCCCAUGGGUAAGAAAGAAAGGAAAGCCACGUUGGAGGUUUGUUGUCAAAGAAAGUUUGCCUUCAGAGCCGCAAAUAUCUACAAUCAUGGCUGCAACUACCCUAGACACUACAAAUUUCCCCCUAUACGCUGUCAAUGUGCUUGACAAAGAUCAUAUCCUUGUGGCCGGGGGCGGAGGCGCCGCUAAAACUGGCGUUCCAAAUGCAAUGAAUAUUUACAAACUUGGAAGAGAAAACAACUCCCUCAAAGCCAUUUUAGUACACAAGUUUGAUGCUGGCAGACGUGCAAUCAUGAACUGUGCUCUGCACCCCACAGAGAAGGUGAUGGCAGUGGGCAUGGAUAAUAAAUGCCAAAUUAUUGAAUAUUCCUCGAAGGAAGAGGUCAAAACUAUAACAGAACAGCAGGGCAAAAACAAAGAGAAAACAAUUAAAAGGAAAAUGAGAACAUUUGAGUUAUUAGAAAAGCAAUCCCAAGUUACAGUGGAACUGGACGAGAAAGACGAAGAUGAUUGUGGGUUUCAAAAAGUUGUAAAGUUCACGUCUGAUGGAAAGUUUAUUAUAACUGGUGGGUCAGAUGGGCAUGUUAGAGUUUUAAAGUACCCCUCACUAGAUUGUGUGCAUGAUGUGGUUGCGCACAGAACUGAUGUCGAUGACUUGGACAUUCACCCAUUUGGCAAAUAUUUUGUAACUGUGUCGAGAGAUACAACAGCGUAUGUUUGGCGGAUAGAUGAGGGCAAGAAGGAAUUCCAACUUUACUUCUCAGGCGACAGGGAGGAAGGAUUUUUUAGGGUCAGAGCUUGCAGAUUUGGAGUGAGUGAGCGCAAAGAAGUCCACUUAUACACCAUCCAUGUGCCAUCCAAGUUCAAUAGAAAGAACCCCACCCCGUGUUACAUUGUCAAGUGGGAUACUAAAAAAUGGGUUCCUGGUCUUAGCCAGGCAGCAGGCAUGGAGCCCUUGACACAGAUGGCUGUAAGUCCUAAUGGAGUUUAUCUGGGCGUUGGCACCUCUGAGGGUGGAGUCGCAGUCUAUAUCUCUUGGAAUCUUAUGCCUAUACUGACUCUGCAGGAGGUGCACAGUAUAUUUGUGACUGGUCUGACAUUCCACCCCGGAUCCCAACUCAUCAAUAAAGACCUCAACAAAGAACUAGCGCUCAUGAGCAUAUCAGCUGACGACACGUGUAAAGUGACAACAAUAGCAAAUAGAGGUGAAUACAGCGUUUGGUGGAUAGCAGCAGGCUUUCUGUUCCUUGUAUACUGUGCAUUCACACUCCUAGCCUACCUUGAAUUUGACUUUUAAUCAACAAUUUGAGAAAAUAGUAUUGUCAAUUGAGAAUGUAAUAUCUUGAUUUUACAGACAAACAGAAAUAAGGUACUCAAUUUUCCAUUCAGACAACAUAAUUCAACUGAUUGAUAAUGGAGGAUUUAAUUGAGAAUAUAUCUUUUUUUCUAAUUUGCUGGUACAACUUGCAAUAUUGCUCAUUUUAAAGGGGCAGCGUCAUGGUACUGUGCAUGUCUGGAGUCAGUGUUUAUUGUAGGCUUUUAAUUGUCUGCCUUGUUUAAGCAAUAAGGCAAUAUUUUGUUGUGGUUAUUUCCUUUGAAGUUAAGUCUCCCACAUGUACCAAAGGCUCAUAAGUCAAUAUUAGAAUUUGACUAAAAUUCAUUGUGUCUAGGCCGGAAAGCUAUUGCAAAGCUCUAACCAUGACAAUGCCCCUAUGUGCACAGGGUUUUUAAGGGGACAAUCUAAUUAACAACAGUUGAUCGACCAACUUUGAUAAAUCCCCAAAAAUAAUAGGCUACUAGUAAUUUCAAAACUCUUCUCUUUCUAGGGAAAAACUAAACCAGAGAAAGAAGGUAUAUUUUCCCCGUUUUAUUGAAUAGUAUGGAGCCAUACAGGAGUUAUUUUAUGACAACUUCCCAAGGCUAAUUGUUGGACAACCCUUGAGCUGCAUUCAAUGUAAAUGAUCUUGUUUCUUCCUUCUCUACAUACAUUUGCAUUAAGUAUAGUUAUGGAAAAUACGCAAUUGAAAUGCAAAGUGUAAUCUUUAUGCAUAGACUAUUCAGUCAUAUUAGUUAUUUAUUGCUAAAUUAAUAGAUUGAUAUUUGAAAUAUAGACAACUAGAAAGUUUUCACGUUAAAAACAAUCAGCAAGCCCAUUGCCCCUUUGUAAUUUAUACACAGGUGUUUCUUAGAGAAGAGCAACUAUUACUGUAUCUAAAACAGACUUUUAUUUGAAAAGUUUAUCUAUAAGGGGUUAUCUGGGUGACUAUUCGGAUGUACAUUUAAAGUCUUUUAGGACAUAUAAAUAAAAAAAUAUAAGUUAUUGAAAUAUGAAAA